UUCAUAUAUGUUUGCAUGUCGAUAGAAGUUAAUUAUAGUUGCUUGAAGCAGCAUUAAAACAAUUCAAACCCGUUUUAAAUUGACCUCCAGACUAGAGAUGGCAGCGUGCAUAAAAUGAAAAUUAAAUAUUGAUUAGGGAUUUGGUAUGGUGGAGGUAUAGCGCAGAGAACUGAGUCCUCAUGAGAACUGCUUAGAGAGGCGUUGUUUUGAAAUUAAAUUCAUUUUACUUCAGGAAUUCUCAAUAAAAUUCUGUAAAUUUCCACUAAAUUCGAAAGCAUAGUAAAUAUCUUAUAUGUAGUUUUUUUUUCGUGCAUCUAUGAAUAUGACGUUGAUAGCUUGACCAUCUCUAUGCCAUUGAGCUACAAGUGUCUUGAUUCACAGAGUUAGCUUUGUAGUUAAAUGUUAGUUUAGUAUAAUGAAUAAGUUUGCUCUGGCCAGCUGGAUGUGCCUGCUAGGCUUCAGCUCUAUGUUAGCCGUACGUUUAGAGCCGUGCGACUUAGCUGGACAGCUUUAUAUAUUGGAUGUGCCCAAAGUGGAGCUGUCCCAAUGGCUGUGCAUAGCCGAUUUCGAGAGUCGCUUUAAUACCCAUGUUAUUGGACGGGCCAAUGCGGAUGGCAGUCUGGACUAUGGACUCUUUCAGAUCAGCGAUCGAUAUUGGUGUGCUCCGCCGGAAGAAACGCUCUACCACGCCUUCAACGGAUGCAAUGUGAACUGCACCGAGCUCUUGAGUGAUAAUAUCACAACGGCCGUUCGAUGUGCCCAGCUUAUCAAGAAACAACAGGGCUGGACGGCUUGGUCUGUUUAUGCGGAAUUCUGCAAUGGAACUCUGACAGAUACGGACAAGUGUUUCCAACCAAUGGAAAUGACAACCGAGCAGAUUACGGAAGUAGAAACGACGACUGCUGACACGGAAAUUAAUUAAGCUGUUCUCAUUUUUUUAUUCUGCU